AUGGAUAGCCACAGUUCUGCGCUACCCCAUACGCAACACAGUACCACAGCCGACUCGGACGAAGAGGCGGACGUCUAUGAAUGGAAGUCGCGCGUGUCUGGUUUGCAGGACGAUCCACGAACUCAGAAAACUCUCGCCUGGAAACCCUCCACUCUACCGCCCGAGGACAAGGACGAGCCGCAUUCGAAUACUCCGGACACCGGUGUCACUAACUCAUCAGAUGAGCUCCAGGAAGACGACCAUGUUCCUCACCCAUUCUACCACUAUGCCACUGAGAAGCGUGAUACUUAUGCUGAUGCCAAACUCAUCUAUCAACGCCACCGCAUGGACACAAAAUCCGAGAAGGAAAUGGGUAGUCCAAUGCUGCUCGGAAAGUCCUACACACUGCCCCCUUCGCUCGAUGGCGACAUGGCGUUGAAUCGGACGCCCAGUCUUGCAUCGAGACAAUCUCGCCUCAGCCACCGCGGGAAUGCUCCAAGUGGUUUCCAACUGGGGGCUUCCAAGGAAAGUUUCCCUGCGUUACAGACACACAUGAAUUUUCAGGACGCACGCCCCGAUCCCACCCUGGUCGCCGACGCUGCCGCGCGGAGUCACAAGCGCCACCCGGGUCUGCCUCACGAAUUUAAGGAUCCCUUGCUUGCACAUGAAGGCGUCCAUGGUGCUGGUGCCGGUAUGGGUCUGGGAAGUGGUCCAGGAGGACUAGCGCCGAAUGAAGAAAGUAUCGUCAGUGAAGUACAGGCGAUCUGUGACAAGAUAAAGACUUUACUGGAUUUGAGGCAGAAGUACAUCAAGGUCUCCCUCCAAUGCCCGGGUGCGAACCCCAAAGACGAGGAAACUUGGGAGAUUUACCCUCCUCCACCAAAUCCGGUCUGGAACGAGCAAAAGGCCCGGGAGCCUCCGGCGAACUAUAUUCCUCCUAACAGCACUUCAAGCAGUCUCUACAUGGCCGAUAUGAGGGCACACGGCAAUGCCAGCGCCGGUGAUCCGAACAAAUGGUCAACGGGAGCCAGUCAGGCCGGAUCUGAAAAAGGCCCGUCAUCACCAACAAGCACCAAAAAGGCUCGAAAGGCCGGCCAUGCGAUUGGCGAAGACUUCGACCUGAGCGAGUGCAUUAUUCCAGGAGAAGAAGCCAAAAGCCUGCGGUUUGAGAUGGAUGCCGGAAGUGUCUUUCAGGUGUACCAGGACGAUGAUCAGCCCCUGGUUGCGGUGCCAACGUUGAGGGACUACUAUAUGGCGUUAGAUACCAUUCUGGACAUUGCUUCGGAUGGUCCAGCCAAAAGCUUUGCCUAUCGCCGCCUGCAAUACUUGGAAGGCCGAUACCAUUUGUACACUUUGUUGAAUGAAUACGAGGAAGUGGCAGACACCAAAAAGGUACCUCACCGUGACUUUUACAAUGUGCGGAAAGUGGAUACCCACGUGCAUCACUCUUCAUGUAUGAAUCAGAAGCAUCUGCUGCGGUUCAUCAAGAGCAAAAUGAAGAAAUGUCCAGACGAAGUGGUGAUCGAUCGAGAUGGAAAGCGGUUGACCUUGAAGGAAGUAUUUGAAAGUAUCAACCUGACAGCAUACGACUUGAGCAUCGACACGCUAGAUAUGCAUGCUCAUACCGACUCAUUCCACCGUUUUGACAAGUUCAACUUGAAAUACAACCCUAUCGGGCAAUCCAGACUGAGGGACAUCUUUCUCAAGACGGAUAAUUUCAUCAAAGGCCGGUAUCUGGCUGAGAUCACUCGCGAAGUCAUCACAGACUUGGAAUCCAGCAAAUAUCAGAUGGUCGAGUGGCGAAUCAGCAUUUAUGGUCGCAACAUUAAUGAGUGGGACAAACUGGCGGCGUGGGUGGUGGACAAUCGGCUCUUCUCCCAUAACGUGCGCUGGCUCAUCCAGAUUCCGCGACUGUUCGCCUUGUACAAAUCUAUGAAAACGAUGGAGAAUUUCGAAGAGCUUUUGAGAAACAUCUUCCAACCUUUGUUUGAGGUGACCCAAGAUCCUUCGACCCACCCUAAACUCCAUGUCUUCCUCCAAAGAGUGAUUGGCUUCGAUAGCGUUGACGACGAGAGCAAAGUGGAAAGACGACUGUAUCGGAAGUACCCGGUGCCGAAGGAAUGGAAUACCAAACAGAAUCCCCCGUAUGGAUACUGGAUCUAUUACCUGUUUGCCAACAUGACUUCCCUCAAUGCCUGGCGGAAAAGGAGAGGUUUCAAUACAUUCCUGCUUCGGCCGCAUUGUGGUGAGGCUGGCGAUACGGACCAUCUGGCAGCAGCGUUGUUGUGUUGUCACAGCAUCAGUCAUGGUAUCACCCUUCGCAAGGUUCCUUUGCUUCAGUACCUGUUUUACCUGGAUCAGGUCGGAAUUGCCAUGUCACCCCUGAGCAACAAUGCGCUGUUUUUGACAUAUGACCGCAAUCCAUUCAUCAGCUACUUCAAGAAGGGAUUGAACGUGUCUUUGUCGACCGAUGAUCCACUGCAAUUCGCAUUUACCAAGGAGCCAUUGAUCGAAGAGUAUUCGGUGGCCGCCCAAAUCUACAAGCUGAGCGCAGUGGACAUGUGCGAGUUGGCAAAGCAUUCCGUGGAUCAGUGCGGGUUUGAAUUGUCCUUGAAACAACGAUGGCUGGGGAAAUACUGCUAUAUACCGGGAGUGCUGGGCAACGAUGUGGCCAAAUGCAAUGUUCCUGAUGUCAGGGAGGCAUUCAGGCAUGAAACGCUGAAGGCGGAGCAUGCAUUCAUUGCCAGAUACACCAAGGACUACAGCCAUUUUGACCGUUGCACCCCGGAUCUCCCGGACCCGACAGAUCCGGCUACACCGAUCGAGGAAGUAUACAAAGGGCUAGAGUCUCCCCGUCAGUACUACGCGUCCGUGUCGGAUUCCAUCCCACCCGCUCAAACGGCAAGAUGGCCGCGGUCGAGGUCCAGCGCCAACAUAGACGUGAAUGGGGGUAAUACUUCACCCGCGAGACCACGGACGACAUCAAGCACCCUAUAUCCCUCACAGUCACACCCAGACGCACAUAUCUCUGGUCAAGAACCUCGCGCUUUCCCCGGACUAGUGCAUCAACGAGAGAGGAGACGAAGCUUGAGAAUCAGCUCGAGCAACUCGGACAUGACCAGGCCGGAUAUGGCGUCGAGUUUGCAACUAGAACCAGGAUUGGCCAAGAUGAAGGUCAAGGAGGAUUCGGAGCUGGCGCAGAUAGAGCAAUCAGACUAA